AUGGCUUCCAACGACUACUACCACUCGAACAUUCCCAGUCCCCCUGCUUACGAGCAUGCUGCCCCGGGCUACAACCAGUCCCAUCAUGAUGACCCAUCCAUCCCCUAUCACAACCGCGAGAGCCAACAUUCGAUUGCCUCCGAUGGAAAUCCAUAUUACUCGGCUGGGGCAGUACCAGAUGGCGACCACUACUCAGAGAACAUCCCACUCAAGUCGCAAACACAAUUCGGCAACAACCCCGAAUGGCAGCACCAACAAACUCAGCACAACCCCUAUCCACCCUCCCCCGGCGCGGUGGAAAACCUCAGUAGAGGGCGUCAUGACCCCCGUCAGCAGAAGCGCGGGUUUUUCAAGAAGAAGCCCGCUUGGGCAACAUGGAUUUUGACAUUGGCGAUGAUUAUAACCUUCAUCAUCGAACUGGUGAAAACUGCACAAAUGACCGGUUCUCCAAUCACCAAGCCCGCAAACAAUCCAUUCUUAGGUCCCUCCGCCUACAUGCAGAUCUAUAUGGGCGCUCGAUUCACCCCAUGCAUGAAGAGUACCCCGGGUAUUCAAGAUCUGGGCGAGUCUGUCACAUUCCUUUGCCCGAACUCUACAACAACCGAUGCGAAAGACGAAAUAUGCACUCUCUCUGAGCUUUGCGGUUUUGGCGGCGUCCCCAACCCGGGUAAAGGCGUCACCCUGGAUACAAAUCCAUCACCAAACCAAUGGUUCCGCUUCAUCCUUCCGAUCUUCUUGCACGGCGGAUUUAUUCAUAUCGCAAUCAAUCUCUUCGCCCAGAUGUUUAUCUGCACAGAUAUGGAACGCUUAAUCGGAUUUUGGCGUUUCACAUUGGCCUAUUUUGCCAGUGGUAUUUUCGGCUAUGUGCUCGGUGGAAACUACGCUUCUCAGACUGAGCCUAGUGUUGGCUGCUCGGGUGCCCUGUUCGGAAUCAUGGCUCUGUUCCUACUGGAUCUUCUGUACGACUGGCCGAAUCGUGAAUCCCGAUGGGUGGAAUUGAUUGUCAUGAUUCUCGGCAUCGCUGUUUCGUUCGUGCUCGGCCUACUCCCCGAUUUGGAUAACUUUUCCCAUAUCGGUGGAUUUGUCAUGGGACUGGCGAUUGGUCUUUGCAUCAUGCGCUCUCCCAAUGCGCUACGCGAACGAAUCGGCCUUGCGCGCCAACCAUAUGUUGCGAUGAGCGGUGGUGCAGCCCAGCCUUCGGAAGACAACCGUAAAACAACGUCAUUCAUGGACUUUUUCAAGGGCCGUGGAGGCAUGGUCUCUUCGUCAAGCGAUGAGAACACAUCCAAGAAGAAUCCUCUCAACUUCUUCAAGGGCCGAAAGCCCCUCUGGUGGGCCUGGUGGCUGAUCCGAGCUGGUGCUCUGGUCGCCGUCCUGAUCGGAUUCAUCAUGUUGAUCAUCGACUUCUAUAGAUACCCCAAAUCUAACUGCUCCUGGUGCUACCGCUUGAGUUGCUUGCCCGUCAAUGGUUGGUGUGACCAGGCUCUUACCACAACCACCACGAGCAAGACAUCAUCCUAG